ACCUGACUUCUGCCUUCAUGAGGGAUCGACGCAAUCAUGGCGUCCGUGAAUCGCGUCUGGGAUUUAAUACUUAAUGAUAUUGGCAUGGUCUCAAGCAGUUGCUCUACUUUGGGCUAGAGUCAAGUUUUCAUGUUUUAGGGCCACAGUUAUUCUUCGGUGGUUAACUUCGUGGUACGGGACCUUCUGGAGGUUCCCCAGAGCAUAUCUCCCCACUGUUUCUGGCCCACGAUUGGCAUCUCUCAAAGCGACGUACUGCACUCAGCCCAUACAUCAUCUGGAUGUGAGGAGGCGAAGGUGGUCUUGAUUGUUGGGAUGUCCAAAUAGUAACCUUUCAUUUUGUGGACUCGUGUUUCGUCUGUUGUCACGGUGUGUCUGUUCACAUAGCUCACAAAUAUGAAACGAAUUCCGUCCGUAAA